CGUCUUCUGUUCGCCUGUUCUUUCUUUCUCGAACUGUAAAUUUUCUCAUCUCGCAGAUCUGAGCGUACCGGCUCACUUUGAUCAUCAAAUUGCCAGAACCCGCGAACUUGACUGCCUUCUUUCACGCUGUCGGGAGAGAAUUGUCUAGUCGAAGAUCAAGGGCGGCGGGUUGAUUUUGAAUCCGAAGAAAUGGUGGUGGUAUCCGCUUCCCGGGAUUACAUCAACUGCAUGCUGCUGGAUAUCUCCGGGAUGAAGGUUCUAAUUCUGGAUUCCCAAACGGUCAGUAUCGUAAGUGUUGCCUAUUCACAAUCUGAACUGCUUCACAAAGAAGUAUUUUUGGUUGAAAUGAUAGACACAAUCUCGAAGUCUAAAGAAUCUAUGACACAUUUGAAAGCGGUUUGCUUCGUUCGUCCUACAUCAGAGAAUAUCCAGUAUUUGCGACGCCAGCUAGCUAAUCCUAGAUUUGGAGAGUAUCACCUAUUUUUCUCCAACAUGUUGAAGGAUACCCAGAUUCAUCUAUUGGCUGACUCAGAUGAACAAGAAGUUGUUCAACAAGUACAGGAGUUUUAUGCAGACUUUGUUGCACUUGAUCCUUACCAUUUCUCUUUGAAUAUUCCUUCAAAUCAUAUGUAUAUGCUUCCAGCAGUCAUCGAUCCUUCAGGUUUGCAACACUUCUGUGACCGAGUAGUUGACGGGAUCGCAACUCUUUUCUUGGCGCUGAAACGAAGGCCUGCUAUCAGAUACCAAAGGACCUCAGAUGUUGCCAAAAGGAUAGCCCAUGAAUCAGCAAAGCUGAUGUAUCAGAAGGAAAGUGGCCUUUUUGAUUUCAGAAGGGGCGAGCUUUCUCCUUUGUUGCUGAUAAUAGAUCGAAGAGAUGAUCCUGUAACCCCUUAGUUGAAUCAGUGGACCUAUCAGGCUAUGGUUCAUGAAUUAAUUGGUAUCCAGGAUAAUAAAGUUGACCUCAGAGGCAUUGCUAAAGCAUCAAAAGAUCAGCAGGAAGUGGUCCUAUCGUCGGAGCAGGAUGCAUUCUUUAAGCUCAACAUGCAUGAGAACUUCGGAGAUAUUGGGAUGAAUAUCAAGCGAAUGGUGGAUGACUUUCAGCAGGUUGCAAAGAGUAACCAAAAUAUUCAGACAAUAGAGGACAUGGCCAAAUUUGUUGAGAAUUAUCCCAAAUAUCGGAAAAUGCAUGGCAAUGUCUCGAAGCAUGUGACGCUGGUGACUGAAAUGAGCAAGAUAGUUGAGGAGCGAAAGCUCAUGUUAGUUUCACAAACCGAACAGGAGUUAGCUUGCAAUGGUGGACAAGGGGCAGCUAUUGAGGCAGUAACCAAUCUUCUUUAUAAUGAGAGUGUAUCAGAUAUUGACCGCCUGCGCCUAGUGAUGUUGUACGCUUUACGUUAUGAGAAGGAAAGUUAUGUUCAGUUAAUGCAGCUAUUCAAUAAGCUUGCAUCUCGAACUGCAAAGUACAAGCCAGGGCUUGUGCAAUUCCUACUUAAGCAAGCUGGUGUAGAUAAGCGGACUGGCGAUCUGUUUGGGACUCGGGACUUCUUGAAUAUAGCUCGUAACAUGGCUCGUGGUCUGAAGGGAGUUGAAAAUGUAUACACACAGCACCAACCUCUUCUGUUCCAAACAAUGGAAAACAUAAUCAAGGGACGGCUGAGGGAUGUAGACUACCCAUUUGUUGGUAAUCAUUUCCAACAGGGGAGGUUCGUUUCUCAGCUCCUUUCCUUCUCAUAUGCGAUGUCAAGCUGAAGACUGAAACUUUAUAUUGCAUAGAACACAAGAUAACUAGAUUAAUCAUCCAAUCUCUUGCUAGUCCACUGUUUUAAGUUGCAAACUGAGACAUAAUCACAUUCUUUGGUUAACUAUCACCAUGGAGUGAUAACUAAAAUUUUAAGGAAACUAAUGAAUAUUUCUGUGAUGGUUUUUGAAGUAAAUGAUUACAGUUUUCAUAGUGGUCACCACCUUUCAAGUUUCAAGGUCUCUCUUAACAGCCAGACAUGGGUUUUCUUCAAUUCUGUAUGACGUUACCCAGCAUGCAAGGUUGGAAUUAAUGUUACAAAAAAUUUAUUUUCUUUCAAAUCCUUAGGAUGAGAUUUAUUUGUGCAGGCCACAGGAUGUGAUUAUUUUCAUUGUUGGUGGGACGACGUAUGAGGAGUCACGUUCUGUAGCUCUGCAAAAUGCUGUGCAUACUGGCGUUCGUUUUACACUUGGUGGUUCUGUAGUUCUCAACUCCAAAAGGUUUAUAAGGGACCUGGAAGAAGCACAGAGAAUAGCUAAAUCUAGCACAAAUGUCGUUUGAAAAGUUUUACUUCCACCCUCAUUCUAGCCUCUUCUCAUUCAUGUAAAUAAACGAAAAGAGGAGUCGAGGCCAGGCGGGUUAUGGAGAGGAGGGUGGUGGGUUCUUGUUGUUAAGCUUUGAAGAGGGGUAUGAAACAACGUUUCUCAUUAAUUUCAACGUUAGUAUCAUUA